AUGACAUCCUACGACGAUCCGGUGGCUGCCUCACAAUACGCACAAUACACGACUGAUCCAUCACCCGCUCCAACGAAUGGAGUAACUGCUCAGACUCCUGUCGAAGAAAGCGCCGCGAGUUCCGAAGCACAACCACAACAGUCUGAUAUAGAACGUUAUUGGGACAUUGUCAAGUCAAAUCCGGAUGAUUUUACGUCAUGGGAGUAUUUAAUACGUGUUGCAGAAACCGCCGAAGGUGGACUCACAUCGCAAUCUCCACAAGAAAACAUAACAAAUAUGCGUAGCGUUUUUGACCAAUUCUUGGCCAAAUUCCCUUUAUGCUUUGGUUAUUGGAAAAAGUACGCGGAUUUCGAGUUUAAUGCUCAGGGUCCUGUGGAAGCGGAAAAGAUUUACGAACGCAGUGUUGCGGCAAUAGCAAACUCGGUUGAUCUUUGGACACAAUAUUGUGCGUUUAAGAUCGAGCAUUAUCCGGAUAACGUGGAAGAAAUUCGAGGGUUGUUUGAACGUGGUGCUUCUCAUGUUGGUCUCGACUUUUUGUCGCAUCUGUUUUGGGACAAAUACAUAGAAUUUGAAAAAUCUAGGCAGGCCUACGACAAGGUUUUGAAAAUUCUGGAAAGAAUAAUUCGCAUCCCCAUGCACCAAUAUGCAAGGUUUUUCGAUGAUUUUACGAACUUAUGUGGGACGCGACCGAUAAACGAGUUGAUCUCUCCCGAACAACUUCAACAAUUUGAGGAGGAGGUUAGGGCUGCGCCUCCGGCACCUCCCGCCGAAGGAGCGGAGGGUGAGCAACCCCCGCCUGCCGAAAAAACUGAGGAGCAGAUUCAAAAUGAAAUUCGGACACGCAUAUAUAAUUUAAAUGUUGAAAUCUACAUGCGAACUCAAGCAGAAACGAAUAAACGCUGGGUAUUCGAACAGGAGAUCAAGAGGCCUUAUUUUCAUGUAAAGGCCAUGGACGAUGUUCAAUUGAUAAACUGGAGGAGAUACCUUGAUUUUGAGGAGAGCGAGGGAGACGAGAUGCGAAUUCAGGCUCUUUAUGAGGAAUUUUGGUUACGAUAUGCUCGUUGGAUGAUUUCAAAGAAUCGUAUAACCGAUGCGCGAAGCAUAUACAAUAGAGCAAUUUCUGUGUAUAUCCCAAUGAGUUGUCCAAAUAUUCGCUCAUCAUAUGCUUGUUUUGAAGAACAACAAGGCAAUAUAGAAGAGGCCAGAACAAUUUACAAAACAGUCUUGGAAUCUAUGCCAGGCCAUGUCGAAACCAUCGUGAAAUAUGCCCAUUUUGAAAGGCGACGUCACUUGGGCGACUUGGAGGCGGCCAUUGAUAUUAUCACGUCUCCGCUGCAAAAUCCUGAAUUAGAUGAUAAGUCCAAAGCCUUUCUCGCCGUGCAACACGCGAAAAUUUUAUGGCAUAACAAGGGUUCAGUAGAGGAAGCCCGUCAGAUUUUUCAGCAAGGUUCACACAAAUAUUUGGAGAGUAAAUAUUUUUGGCUUAAUUACUUCAACUUCGAAUUAAAUCAACCUGAUUCAGUGGCAGAAAUAAAUUUGAAGAAUGUAUAUGAGCUCAUUCGUAACACAGCCAUACUCCCCCCAGAAUCGAUACGGGACUUUUCACAUCGUUACCUUGAUUUCAUUAUGGAACGUGGUUCAACGAUAGCUCCGUACAAUAAGAUUGAUGUAGAUGCGCCUGUUGCCAUUCGUGCCACAUUAGAUACAAAGAAACGUAGCCCGGAAGAGGAUCCAGAAAAACCUCCGAAGCAGGUGAGAAUAGAUGGUGUCGUCGAUAACGCUGGCGCACCGGUAGUACCAGCUGCAUCUUAUGCUGCUCCUGCUGGGGCACAACCCCCUUACUAUUCUCAAGGCCAAUGGGGCACAUCUGGAUACGCCGGAUACCCUGCGGCAAACUCCACCCAACAGACUCCUUAUCAAUAUCCAUACCAAUAUCCUCAGACGGCAGUUUCUACCGCGGUUAAUCCAGCACAAGCUCCGGCAACCCCAUGGGAUUACUCACAACAAAGUGCGACGGGAUAUUGA